CUUCACUCGUGAGGUUACAGCCGCGGUGAAGACCACUCGCAUCGGACACCGUUCCCUGCUCUCUGUUCAAGAAAAAAAAAUGUUCUCCAAACAUGGAAGCGAGCAUCCAGUGUGGUACCAGCUCCUGGCCAGAGAGAAGGAGAAGAAACGAAACAAUCUGGAAAAAAUAAGCGGCGUAACCUUCUGCGGUUGUGGUUUCCUCGGCAUCUACCUCGUCGGCGCCGCUGCUUAUAUUCAGGAACAUUACCCUCGUUUACUCAGUCGCCAGCUUGGAGGCUCUUCGUUCGGGUCAAUUGUCGCGGCCUGUGUGGCGUGUGGCGUGCCGUUGCAGCACAUCCGACGUGUCCUGAUCUCGGAAGUAAAGAGACUAAGGAAGACGUUCCUGGGACCUCUCAACCCAAACUACCGGUUGGAGGAGCCCCUUAUGAACGCCCUUCUCGAGGUUCUGCCGACGGACGCGCACAUCCGGGCCUCUGGUCGCGUCUUCCUCUCCCUCACCAGCGUGUCGACCUUCGCCAGCGAGGUGGUGAGCCGAUAUUCUUCGCGGGACGAGCUGAUACGCGCCAUUCUUUGUUGUUGCUUCCUGCCGUAUCUUUCCGGCUUUUCUGCUCCGAGCUUCAGGGGACGGAGGUACAUGGACGGAGGCUUCAGUAACAUCAAGCCCCUCGAAGGGCCCUCCGUCAUCACCAUCAACGCCUUCUCGGGGAACUUCGACAUCUGUCCUCAAGAUCCCAUCGGCGAACAACGACCCCUGAACCGCUUCCUUGGCCUCUGCGUCGCCAUGAGCCAAGAGAACCUUUUCAGAUUGAAAUGGGGGGUUCUGCCUCCGGAACCGGAAGCGCUCGACCAGUACUUUCACUUUGGGUACUUUCACACCAGGGACUUUUUCAGCCCGGGCGGUCCCAAGAUCCCAAGGCUGGUGGAAUGCAAGGUGGAGGAGAGCGAGGAGAGCAAAGCAGGCGCAGUGGAGGAGAGUGUGUGCGCGUGUGCUUGCUAAAGUCUUCCAGAGUAUAUGUAUGUAGGUACUCUCUGUAUAUAUGUGUACAUGCUUAUGUUUAUAAGGCGUUACAUGAAGAGUAACAUAUCUAAUGUAAACACAUAAUUGUGGUGUGUUAAUUAAAGGAAACAGUGCUUCUCAUAUAAUAUAUAUAUAUUUACACAUCUA